UCAUAUAGGGCACUUUGACUGGAUCAUAAUUCCGUCAGUCAAGACUCAACUUCCGGGUGCUGAAACGUUGCAAAACAGACGUCCCAUCACACAGACCCCGACCGGAGCGGACAAUAGUGCUGCAAAACUUGAGCUGCAUAUCUUUUGAAAAAUCUGUGUACAGUGAUGAUGUCAGAGGUCCUGCAGGUGCUUCGCGGGGCAAGUAAAGUGGGAUCUGCACUGAUCGCCACCCAAGGGGAACAGCUCCAAUUCAUUGCCUGUAACUCCUCACUGGCAGCAGGGGUCAAAGUUGCCCAGGAAGUUGCAGAAGGGCUGGUGGGGGCCUUCAUGGGUGGCAGCAGUGUGCAACAGUCAGUCAAGGAGGAUGUGUUUCCUGAAGUGGACGGCUGGGAAAAUAUGGAUGCUGAUGAAGCUGCCAAAUGGGCUGUGGGUUCGGAGUUCCCUCCUGAUGCAGGAGACCAAACACAGACAGACACCAGAGCUACAGGAGUGCGUUCUGGCUCAGGGGCAUCUUCAGCAGGCCCAGGUUGGCGAGGCCAGAACACACGAUUGCUACACACGACUCCCUCCCUGCAGCCAUUCUUCUGUCAAACCCGAUGUGUCCAUGAUACAGUGGUGACGAGGCUGACACCAGAAGAUAUCAAGAAGGCCAGAGAGGCUAAGCAGGCCUUGGUUAAGCCUAUUCGACAGAGGCUGAGUGACCGCGCCAGGGAGAGGACAGUACCUGCAACAAGAAUGAGCAGGCUGGCUAAUUUUGGAGGACUGGCAGUGGGUCUGGGCAUUGGCGCCAUCGCUGAAGUAGCUAAGCAGUCACUGGGAGGCAAACAAAAAGGAGACAAGAGCGCCUUGCUAGACUCUCCCCUCCUGUCGGAAGCCAAUGCGGAGAGAAUUGUCAGCACAUUGUGCAAAGUCCGCGGGGCUGCACUCAAGAUAGGACAGAUGCUAAGCAUCCAAGACAACUCCUUCAUCAGCCCUCAACUGCAGAAGAUCUUUGAGAGGGUGCGGCAGAGCGCAGACUUUAUGCCAACCUGGCAAAUGACUAGCGUAUUAGAGCAAGACCUGGGACCAAGCUGGAGAGCGAAGCUGUCGUCUUUUGAGGACAAACCGUUUGCCGCAGCUUCCAUUGGCCAGGUGCAUCAUGGUGUCUUAAAAGAUGGCAGAGAAAUUGCCAUGAAGAUCCAAUACCCUGGAGUGGCAGAAAGUAUCCACAGUGACAUAAACAACCUAAUGUCAGUGCUGAAGAUGAGUGUUGUCCUACCCGAAGGCCUCUUUGCAGACAGCAGCUUAGAGGUUCUUCAGAGAGAAUUAGCAUGGGAGUGCAACUAUGAGAGAGAGGCUGAGUGCGCCAAGAAAUUCAGAUCACUGCUGGAGGGAGACGAGUUUUUCCAGGUUCCUGAGGUGGUCGACGAGUUGUCGGGACGCAGAGUGUUGGCGAUGGAGCUCGUACAAGGAGUUCCAUUAGACGGCUGUGUGGACUUGGACCAGGAGACCAGGAACAAGAUCUGCUUCAACAUCCUCCAGUUGUGUCUCAGGGAGCUGUUUGAGUUCAGGUUCAUGCAGACGGAUCCUAACUGGGCCAACUUCUUUUACAACUCCGAAACAAAAAAGGUGAUUCUUUUAGAUUUUGGAGCGUGCAGAAGCUACCCAGAAUCGUUCACAAAUGACUACAUAGAGGUGGUGCACGCAGCUUCCGUAGGUGACCGAGCCACUGUUCUUGCCAAAUCCAAAGACCUGAAGUUCCUGACAGGAUUCGAGUCCAAGGCCUUCGAGGACGCUCAUGUGGAGGCUGUGAUGAUUCUCGGCGAAGCAUUCGCAUCUUCGGAGCCGUUCGACUUCGGCACCCAGAGCACAACGCAGCGCAUCCAAAGUUUCGUCCCCAUCAUGCUGCGGCACCGCCUCACCCCGCCACCCGAGGAGACCUACUCGCUGCACCGCAAGAUGGCAGGCUCUUUCCUCAUCUGCUCCAAACUGAGGGCGAGCAUAGCAUGCAGGGACAUGUUUUUGGAUGUGUACAACGCCUACAACCAGAGGAGACACGCCGAACAGGCAGCACAGUCCAGUGCUUAAACACCUCAGGAGGCUUGCAGAUGAAAGACUUUGAUGCAUGAUGGGGUUCUGCACAUGUUGGACUGUGCUGAUGUGCUUAUUAAGGACUGUUUUUAAUUUCUCCAAUCUCGGCAUUAUGGCGUAACAAUUAUUUAUUCCACUCAGCUUUCAUGACUGUACACCAACAUAUUGUAAAUAAUUAUAUAAAAAUGAGAUAUGUUGGUGAUGCAGGCUGAAGCUGGGAUGGGAUGCUCAUAUUAUCAACAAAAUCUGUAUAUUGAUUCAAAAUAAAUGAUCACUUAUGGAGUGAUGGCUUUAUUUAUGCUUUUUAAAUUGCAUCUCUCUCACGACUUGGAAGAUGCUACAUACUUUAUGUUCAAAUUCUAUGUACAGUAAGCCGCAACGGACAAACAUCCAUAGUCGCUUUCUUUUAUGUUGACUUCAUGGCCUGUGUGAUACUACCAGCACCUGCCUUACAUUACACAAUAUAUUCCACUUAAAACGUGCAGUGCAUUAUUGUGGCUCCUCUAACCUACAGGGCCUUGUGUUCUCAUUUUUAAUGAAAUGUGAAAUAAAGAUUUAUGUCUAUAAAUGAGCUUUGCUGGGAAGCCAAGAUUGUUUUCUGUAUUGAUCUGUCUGGUGCAGUUUUAGACAGCUUUGAGAAAUAAUCAUUAAGUGGAGUCCAGUAUAGAUUUUGGUCCAUUAAAACACAAUCACCGGGCCUCAAUUGACCAUCAUUUUAGCCAAGG